AUGCAUCUCAUGGAGGUAGGUCUGGUUCCCGCUCCAGCGAGGGAGCCGAGACUGACCCGCUGGCUGCGGAGAGGCAGCGGGAUCUUGGCGCACCUGAUAGCUUUGGGCUUCACCAUCUUUCUGACUGUGCUGUCCCGGCCAGGAACCAGUCUUUUCUCCUGGCACCCUGUGUUCAUGGCCUUGGCGUUCUGUCUCUGCAUGGCUGAAGCUAUCUUACUCUUCUCACCUGAGCACUCGCUGUUUUUCUUCUGCUCUCCAAAGACCCGGAUUCGACUCCACUGGGCAGGGCAGUCCACGGCCAUCCUCUGUGCUGCCCUAGGCUUGGGCUUCAUCAUUUCUAGCAAGAUCCGCAGUGAGCUAUCCCAUCUGGUGUCCUGGCACAGCUGGAUAGGAGUUCUGACACUGUUGGCCACUGGGGCACAGGCACUGUGUGGGCUCGGCCUCCUCUGUCCACGGGCAGCCCGUGUCUCGAGGGUGGCUCGCCUCAAGCUCUACCAUCUGACGUGUGGCCUGGUUGUCUACCUGAUGGCUACAAUGACUGUGCUCUUGGGCAUGUACUCAGUGUGGUUUCAGGCACAGAUCAAAGGUGCAGCCUGGUACCUGUGCAUGAUCCUGCCUAUGUACCCAGCCCUGGUGAUUAUGCACCAGAUCUCCAGCUCCUACUUGCCAAGGAAGAAAGUGGAAAUAUGAAUGCCUCCGAACUCUGAAUCUAAGUGGGAUUCCUGCCUUGGAUUUCAGCAGUUCCUUGGUGAUCUUCAUGGGACCCACUUCAGAAGCAGACAAAUAUCUGUACUUCAUGGCCAAGCCACAGGGUGCAGACACCCUAGCUGCUACUGCUAAGGCAUGAUCCAGUGGGCUUAACUGGGGGAAUGUACUACUAGGUGCAAGUGGAAGGUUAUGGAGAACCUGGAGCCUCACUCUUGAUGAGAGACAGAAGUAUUAGGUGGUAGUGGUGGUGGUGAUGAUGGUGGUGGAAGUAAUUUCUUCUGAGGAAGAGUUCUGUGGGUUAUGAAUGACAGCUGCAGAUAUGUGGGUCCCUUUUGAGAAAGCAGAACUAUGUAGAGCCCAUGAUCUCUUAGGCUGUGUUGUACAGUCAACUUUAGAAAAGUUCCAUAUCCCAGGAUCUGAGUUUCCUCAUCUGAAAGUCCCUUAUCUUUAACAUUCAGUGUCUGGGAGAUUGGUGUCACUGAAUAUGCUCUUAGCCGCGAACCCUGUGGACAGCUCAGGAUGUAAUUCUUUCAUCCAUCCUCCCUUUACUCUCAUGGAAGGAUAUAUCUGCACUUGUGCCCUUCAGAAAUCAUGCUUACUUGGCUUCUGAGCCAAGAAACAAGGACCACAAAUGGUGGAGAAAAGGGACCCAGGUGAGGGUUUCCUGGACAGUAAGAUAGUAAAGGCACUGAAGUCACUUUAAAGUUCUUUGGAAGAACAGAAGGGCAUUGGCCUUAACCAAGCCCUUGACUCUUGAGCUCCUCCUUAGCUCAGCUAAGAGCUUCCUUCAGGCUACCUCUGGGUCUAGACUAUCGGUAGAAUAUGGGUAUGUUCCUGACAUUCAUUCUCAGGGCGGAGUAAUCCUGGGCAUUUUACACUUUGCCCUUAGGGUGAAGAGUGUUUACUCAGCACAUUGCUCCACAGAACUAUUAUGAAGCUUUUAGAGUAAAAUAAAAACCAAGGAGUAGGACCCUCUUGAUCCAAAGAAAAGUGUCUCCCUGGCUGCCCUUCUUGUCAUUUAAGUUUUCCUUAGUUGUUUCCUGGCAGCUCCUUGGCCUAAGAGUAGGAUGAUUUUGGUACCAACUGGGCUGUCUUCCCUGCCGAGAUACCUCCUUGGUCCAACUGAGUUCCCCAGAGCAUCCUUGGUUUUCAGGGCAGGAUAUCAAACUAGUUAGGUGUGGUGUGGUUCAUUCUUGGAGAUGAGCCCCCUCUAUAGAUCCUAGUAAGGACUGGAGACUGCUGGGCCAGGAGAAGUACCCAUGGAGCUUUCUAACUGGGAGAUACAGCACAUCUGAAACUCUGGGAGGCCUGCAGUGUAGGGGUUGGAGCUCCAGUUCCAGAGACAUGGGAAAGGUGUCUGUUGCAUGACUCAGGUCCUCUGAAGAUUUAAGGCCUCGUCUCCACGUGGCUUAGAAACAAGGCAGGUGGCAUUCAAUAGUGCAGGAAUGAGAACUAUGGGACAGUAUUCUCACUGGACCUCACCAUGCUUUUCCUCGGGAAGCUCUAGCAUCACUCAUAAGCUCUCUAAAUACAGCUCACUGAACAGAGGCCCUUGCAGUGCAGAGGGGAACUGUUCUUGUCUUUUUCAAUGCCCUCUCUCCCUCUCAAGCUAUCCAGUGUACUGUGAACUUGGAAGGAAUGGCUAAUGGGCCACACCUAGAGAUUCUCACUAGGGUGGCUUUGAUGUCAGGCUCCCAUCUUCUUCCCUCAUCAAGGCCAGUGCCGGGAAGUUGCGGGGGGGGAGGGGGCGCACCUCCUCAGGCUGGGCCAGGUAGGGUUCAGCAGCUUGCUCUCAGAGCAGAGAGGCAAUGCCGGAAUGCCUGAGCCUGUCUGAGGUGUUGCCUCCUCCCAGGUGGUGCGGGGGCUGGUGGGCGGGCAAGCAGGCGUGCUGACAGCCGGCAGUUUGCGUGGGCUGUGCCAUCUGAUGUCUAUUCCCAGCCCCGGGAGGAAGGGAGUCAUUUAUAUUCUGCAGGAAGAAGGGACCCAGCUGUCGCUUUCUCUGACCAGUGGGCCCGGAGGGCAUCCAUGCACAGCAGAGAGGAGGACAGAGGUAGUGGUGGUCUCCUGCUUAGGGAUCUCACCUUAGCAUAGGGAGCAGGGCAACAGGAGGAGCCCUUCUUCCUGUUAGACCAGAUUGGGGGUGGGGAAGAUUUCCUCCCCUCCCGUCUUUCCAUUUUUCUAUCUGCCACCUGCCCUCACAUCCUGGGGCAGCAGCUGGACAACCAUUAGACCGCAGUGCCAGGGAUUUCUUCCUCCAGCUGGGAUCUGUGGCUGCCGGCUGCAUCCGCCUCCUGGCUGUGUGCUCCCUCUUCCCCACACCGUCUGCCCCUUCCUUUUGUGUCUUCCAAUGUGUGGAUACUACCUGGGCUUCUCAGCAGCAAGGCAAGGACCUGAGGGGGAGACACAAAUGGCUAUCCCAUGCCCAUGGUUGCUUGACUAGGGAAAGCUGGUAAUCAGCCUGUUUUGCUUUUUAAAAGGGAAGGGAACACUCAGGAUGCUCAAGAUUUAAAAAAUCGCCCAUAAUUUGCACAAAUUUCCAUAUCAUGCUAAGUCCUGAUUCCAUAGUUGAUUGUGUUCCAAGCUUGAUUAUACUCAGACUCAACCUUGAAGGCAUUAGAUAGUUUUGUAUCAAACCCAAAUGGUAAUGGGCUUAGUGGUUGAAGUCCUCUCAGGAGCCCUUUGUUCCUGUAUCCUCCCUUUCCUUUUGGGUCCCAUUGGGGUUGGGGGUGGCAGUGAAUGACUGACAGGAGCUCAGCAUCUGAGAACUCUUGUUUUUCUCUCUGGCUGUCAUCCUCAUCCAAGAUAGGCUGCUAUCACUUGCCAGCCUAUAUUUGCUCUCCCCCUCUCAACGCAGGUGACACUUCUUCCAUGACACUGGCCUGCCCUAUCUCUCACUGUCCCCACCUUUCCACCCCCAUGCAUGGCGGCUGUGGGUCUUAUUUUUCAAACCUCACUGUGGGAGAUCCAGGCAUCCUCCCUGAGCCAGCUGGCUGCUGUGCCAAGACCUGUUCAGAGUUAAUAAUAAUCAUUAGUUGAAUGGUGCUGGGGCCUUUCAGCUCCAGAUCUCUAAGCACUUGCAGGCUGAGUCAGCCAGCCUUCACCUUCCCCCUCUGCCUGGGCUUUGGAGUGUAACAGCAUGGGAAGGCACUGUGGGAGAAGAGGGAAUCAGGAUUCUUGUUGCCUGGCUAUGUAGCUUUUCUCCUCUGAGAGUAAACAGUGAGGCCAAGAGACACAGAGAAUACAGUAUACUCAGCUGAGACCACCAUGGCUUUGGUAGCCGAUAACCCCAAACCUCUAGCGUGCCUGCGUACUUGCCUUAGCUUCUGGAAGGGGCACUCCACCUGAAUGCCCUUAAGCAAGUUUGGAGAGCAAGACAGUUUAUGGGUUAGUACCUUCACACUGCCCUUGUCUGUGACUGGCACAGAGAACCCGUGUGUCGUGAACGGGAAGGUGUGUUGGCCUGAACACUGGAAAAGCUGCUUUAUGAGUGUCUCUGUUCCUAACACUGGGUGGCAGAGGCAAACCACUUGCUUCUCAUCCUACCUCACAGGAAUGUUGUGAGAACUUGACCAGAGAACAAGGUUCAAAGCAUUAAACAAAUGGAAAGCA